GCGGGCUCAGCAGGGCAGGCAGGCGGACAAGCGAGAAGACCGGCACCGCCGGGAACCUGCAGAAGGAGAGAACCACGCGCUGGGGAUGUGACUCCGCGACCAGAGAGGACUCGCGCUAACCCACCCAGCGGACCCCGUGAACCAGUUGCAAGCAGCUAGGGCAGGAAAAUGGCCCUUGACCAGUUGUCAUGCCCCAGCUUAUCCCAGUGUCCCAUUGUGCCAUUGGAGAUGCCCUGCUUGUGACGUGCUGAAUGAACCCGGGCUCCUGAAGUCCUCUUCUGGGGCCUCAGUUUCCUCAUCCAUUCAAGAAGGCAUCCGCAGGUCCUGCCCUUGGCCCCUUGGCCCCUGGCCCAGCCUGGCCAUGGCACUGUGCCUGAAGCAGGUGUUCUCCAAGGACAAGACGUUCAGGCCGCGGAAGCGCUUUGAGCCGGGCACGCAGCGCUUUGAGCUGUACAAGAAGGCGCAGGCGUCUCUCAAGUCCGGCCUGGACCUGCGCAGCGUGGUGAGGCUGCCGGCGGGCGAGAACAUAGAUGACUGGAUCGCCGUGCACGUGGUGGACUUCUUCAACCGCAUAAACCUCAUCUACGGCACCAUGGCCGAGCGCUGCAGCGAGACCAGCUGCCCAGUCAUGGCCGGUGGGCCUCGCUACGAGUACCGCUGGCAGGACGAGCGCCAGUACCGGCGGCCGGCCAAGCUCUCGGCGCCGCGCUACAUGGCGCUGCUCAUGGACUGGAUCGAAGGCCUCAUCAACGAUGAGGAUGUCUUUCCCACGCGCGUAGAGGGAGAUGACAGAGCGGAUUUGUCACUGAGCCCAGACCUGGACCUUGUUGACUGUCAGAUGGACCAUCUAAACACAGAGUGUCCAGGGGAGGGGACCCUCAGAAGUCUGGUGGCAGAGGGACCUGAAGGCCCUGGAGCCCCUCCACACAUCCAAAGUCCCUGAACCUCUGGUUCUCAGGAAUCUGCCUACAUGUCCUCCUGACUGCUUGGGAGUAGAGAAAGGAAGAGCUUAAAGGCAGGCAGACAGGAGGAAAGGAGGAGCUAACCCCCCAGCAUGAAGUCUAGAGGGUUUCUGCUCUGACACUUGACCCUUCCAUGGUGCUUCCCAAGCCUGUUUGGGGAGUGUGGAUAUGGCUGAAGUGAUAGCAAGAAAGGUGCAAGAGCAUGAGCAGCUGGUCUGUGAGUGGACACAGAUGAGAUGAGUGUGUAUAUGUGUGAUAUUGACUAUGGGGUGUGUCUGUGAGAGCAAGCUGCCUUAGACCCUUCCUGGCACAUGGGCCCUCCAUAAAUGUUAGGUAAAUGGAUGGAUAGAUGGAAGGAAGUAGGGACUAGGGCCUUCAGACCAUGACCACUUAGGAGUGAUGACAAGUCAGUCACCCCAUUUGGUGUGCCUGACCUUUGUGUGUUAAAUGCACAAACUGUGGUUGUAGAUGUAGCUCCAUAUUUGAACCUUCCAAGCCACCAUUUUCCAUCAGCAUGACUUCUGGGGAGCUGGUAGGAGUUAGGAAGGGGAGCCCUAUCCUGAGUACCUAAAAUCUUGGCCUACCAUCAACACGGGUUCAGAUUUGCUCAGCCAGAGAUGCUCAUGUGCUAUCAUUUCCCUCAUCCCUCUGCCUCCAGGAAGGCCUAGUUAUAAACAGCCUCCUAGGCAUCAGCGGUGAUCCCUCAUGUCCACAAAGGUCCUCUGUCCUUAAAUCAGGAAUCAUACACUCCAAUCUAGCUCCCCAAAUCUCCAGAUGUGGUUGUGAGGAUCUGAAACCCAGUAGAAGAUAAUCCUCUAACUCACAGAGCUAAUGAACUUGAACUGGGAAACUCCAGAGCUUUAUCUCCCAUCUGGGAUAUUGAGGACCACACAGCUGUGAACAGACUCUUCCAGGCUUGGAGAGCCCCCAUCCUGCAAGUACCUGCCUCCUUCCCAACCAUCACUGAGACAUUCCAGCUGGUUGGAUUUCAGAGCAUAGCUACCCACAGAGAAACUGGCAUGGUCAUUCAGCUCUUACUACUCAGCACCUCCAUGUCCAGCCCUGCACCCAGGCAUACAAGUGAGAAAACUGAGGCAGGGACAGGGCCCUCCUCUCCUGGAGACAGUGGGCUAGGGGGCCAGGAUGGAGAACCAGAAGGAAUCAGGAUCAUCCAGUCUCGCUUACAGAAACAUCCGUGGACACAGGAGAAAACUGAAGCCAGAAGAGAUGUGGGAGAAAUUGUCCAAGGCCUCCCAGCAAAGCUUUUGUGGAGCUGGAGUAGAAACCAGGGGUUCUGACUUUCACCCCAGGCCUCUGGAUUGCCACACAGGGAGAUGAGAGGCACUCCAAAAGAGUGUUUGACAGCUCUCUCCAGAACACAGCUGUUUUUUGCUUCGAGCAAGGAUUGCUAGCCUGAUGCCAGAGUACCCCACCACCCCUGUGGUCUGCUGGGGUUGUCUGCUGAUCCAAGCCUCCAAAAUCAUGCCCCUCUCCAUGGCCCUGCAGCUGCCAGAUCUCUGGGGAAGCAGAUGGGUCUCCUGGGGUGAGCCAGCUGGACCUGGGACAGCUGCCUCCAGAAAUUCCCAAGGGAAACACUGGCUCAGCAGCUUUGCCAGAAAUUCUGGCGUGGGGCUGGGGGUCUGGGGUUGGAGGGUAGUCAAAGAUUCUCCCAAAGAGGACUGUGUAUUGGGAGUUGGAGUCUAGGCUACUGCCAGUGCUGAUUAUGAAAGGGGGGGAGCGGAAUGGGGACAAUCUAUUUUUUGUGAAACGGGGAAAAUUUAUCUUUGUUAUUUUUGGUAAAAUAAAGGAGGCAAACUAAAGG